AUGCUUGCCGACGGUGAAUACGUGGAUGGAUCAUGGUUAUUAUCGGUGUAUAUUGAUGAACUGAAUAUCAGUCGUCAAAUUCGUGUACACGGUGAAUGGUCUAUUGGUGAGUUAUUAGCACAAUUGACUGAGGGAUUAACAUGCCCUUUACCAAAACCGCUUGGUCCAAAUGAGAUUAGUUUACGUUCAAGUGCUGUAAAAAUUGGCUGGGGAGAUUAUGGACUAUGGUGGCCAGCACGAUCGAAAUGGCUUCUAAGAACUCAGUCAAGUUUAAACCAGUAUGGUUUACAAGCAGAUGCUAAGCUGCGAUUUUUAUCGAUUUACGGCAGCCUACAUGUGCAGUUACCAGAUUUACAAGUUAGGGAAUUUGUCGAUGUCAAUUAUGCUGAACCAGUUUUUCGUGUCACGCUUUCAAUAUGUCGUUAUCUGAAUAUACGACAUCCUGAAGAAUUAUCUCUGGCGCAUCCUAUUCAACAGAAUGAUUUGAAACAUUCUCGUUUUGCACCAGGUUUUGUGGAUAGACGUUAUCAUACGUUUCGACAUUAG